AUGUCUAUCGACCCUCCUUCCAACCUCACCACUCCCGCCUUCACGCGCCCCUCGUCCCCUGCGCCUCAACUACCGCCAUCCCCACUCAAGAGCGGCAAGCACAAGAUCGCCGUCAUUGGGUCGGGAUCAUGGGGGUCUGCUCUGGCAAAGAUUGCUGCAGAGAAUGCAUGGAAGCGGCACGACGAGUUCCACUCGGAAGUGCGCAUGUGGGUGCGAGAGAAGCAGGUCAACGGCAAGAAACUGACUGAGGUCAUCAACCGGACACACCUCAAUUCUCGGUACCUCCCCGAUAUCCCCCUUCCCCGCAACCUCGUCGCCACCCCUCACCUCAAAGACGUCGUCAAGGAUGCCACCCUGAUUGUCUUUGUCACACCCCAUCAAUUCCUUCACACUGUCAUCCGCGAAAUCUCGGCACCUGGCAUCCUCACUCCCGGCGCACGCGCCAUCACCGCCAUCAAGGGUGUCGAGGUGAACGGCACCGACAUCUCCACAUUUGCCAGCCUCAUCGAGGCCCAGCUCAGCAUCCCCACCUCGGCACUUUCCGGCGCCAACAUCGCUCUCGAAGUUGCCAAGGGGCAGUUCUGCGAGACUACCAUCGGUGUACCGGGACGGGCGGACGCGCUGCUCUGGGAGGCGGUCUUCGACAGUCCGGACUUCCGCGUUGCGACAGUAGAUGAUGUGGCGGGCGUCAGUCUGUCGGGCGCGUUGAAGAAUAUCGUCGCGCUGGCCGCGGGAAUGGUGGACGGGAUGGGCAUGGGCGGGAACACCAAGGCGGCGAUUCUGAGAAUCGGUCUGCAGGAGAUGAGGGGGUUCUGUCUCGAGUUCUUCGCUGGCUCCAAGGCUGAGACCUUUUCGAACGAGUCAGCAGGUAUCGCCGACCUCAUCACCACAUGCUACGGCGGCCGUAACCGUAAAUGCGCCGAAGAGUUCGCCAAGACCGGCCAGCCUUUCGACGUGAUCGAGAAGAAGCUCCUCAAUGGCCAAAAGCUCCAGGGGACGCUCACGUCCGAGGAGGUCAACCGGUUCUUGCUCGCCAGGCGGAGGACGAAGGGGUACCCGCUCUUUGAGAAGGUGUACAAGAUUGCGUUUGAGGGGAUGCCCGUCAACGAGCUGGUCAAGGGCUUGUAA